AUGCCGAUAAUCAAGAAGCAAAAGCUACAAGAGCAGGAGGAAGAGAAGUACCAUUGUCGGUUAUGCGAUAAGAGAUUCAGUAGUGGGAGAGCGUUGGGCGGGCAUAUGAGGGUCCAUGGGAUGUUCAACAUUGAACCCAUCCUCCACCCGAACGAAGGUCCAUCCACCACAGGAGUUGAAGGGGAGUCCUCCGACGGCAACCGUCUCCUUACUAGUCACAUUUGUCAGAACUGUGGUAAAGAAUUAUGUUCGUUGAAAUCAUUGUCCAAGCAUUGUUGUCCCGGUCUCGUUGGUGCUGGUGAGGAUGAUGGCGAGAAUGACAAGUCAAAUGGCCUUUUUUCUCCUUCACUACCCCGAUCCAGAACUCCCACUCCGCCUCUUCUGCUUACAGAAGAAGAGCAUGUUGCUAAUUUUCUUGUAUGGCUCUCCACUGCCCGUGCCAACCCUGUUCUCCGCAACAUAGAUGCAGCUGAAUGCUCUUCUUCUGUUCUCCACAUCACAGGUGCUGAGGAAUGCUCUACUUCAGAAAGGAGGGAAGCUGAUUAUGUUGUCCUCCUCCCUCCUUCGCCUCAGCCAGAAAACCCAGAACCCCACGUCUCAACACAAACCCCUCCAAAUGCACAUCAAAAUUUUGAAUGCAAGACUUUCCAAAAUGUAUUUACCUCACAUGAAGCACUAGGCGGCCAUCGGGCUAUCCAUAAGAAAGUUAGGGGUUGUUUUGCCACUCGGCUUGAAAUCAAGUCACCCAAUAUGAUGAAGUACACAUCAAUCAAAGACGAAAGCAAUAAUAUAAUUCAUCAAAAUAAUCAAGAUGAGUUUUCCCAUCAAAAUAAUCAAGCUGGGGCUUCCUCCGAAAGUAUGGCAUUAGCAAUUGUUCCAUUUGAAGGUACCUCAUCGCAGUUGUCAUUGCCAAAGAUUGAAUGA